CAAUUUCUAAACGCCAACCAAAUUAAAACCUCAUACGUAGCUACUUUAAGCACAAAACCUUCCCGUGCACUACAUAGCCAAAAUGUUUGGAGCUCAAGCUUCAUCGCCGGCCUUCGGCACUCCAUCUUCGACGCCGGCUUUUGGAACCCCAUCUUCGACGCCGGCGUUUGUAACUCCAUCUCUGAUGCCGGCCUUCGGCACUCCAUCUUCAACUCCGGCCUUUGGCUCUCCAUCUUCAACUCCGGCCUUCGGCACACCGUCUUCAACUCCAGCCUUCGGCACACCGUCUGCGACGCCAGCCUUCGGCACACUGUCUUCAACUCCAGCCUUCGGUGCUCCGUCUUCGACGCCUGCCUUUGGCACUCCGUCUACAUCGUCGUUUGGAUCCUCUUUAUUUUCAACUCCAUUCUCUUCACAACCUCAACAACAAGUGCAGCAGAAUCCGCUUUUUCAGCAACCGGCUGGUAGCGCAUUUACUGGAUUCGGAUUUCAAAAUCAGUCUACGCCGUUACAGCCAACACCCUUCCCCAAUUCUCAAUUGACUACUCAGAUGGCUCCUGUGGCUCCGCUCCCCUUCUCCCUCGCCGAUCGCGACAUUCAGGCUAUUGUUGAUGCUUACAAGGAUGACCCAACAAAUCCUAAAUAUGCUUUUAAGCAUUUGUUGUUUAGUGUUACUGAACCGCAGUAUAGGGUGAAGCCAGCUGGCGUUUCCGAUAUCAUGUGGGCAGAAGCUAUGGGAAAACUACAGGGUAUGCAUAGUACAGACCGAGAACGCUUGUGGCCUCAGCUUGUUCAGGGUUUCAAGGAUCUUUCCAACCGCCUAAAGGUCCAGGAUGAAGUCAUUCUUUCAGAUGCUGAAAGAUUACGAAUUACUCAAAGCAAUGUGAAAAUGCUUCAAAGGCAUUUUCAAGCUGAAACUCUGCCUUGGAUAGAAAGAAUGAAACAAAAGGAGCAAAGUCUUCAAAGGCGCCUUUUAAGGGUAAUGAGAAUUGUGGAAGCAUUGGAGGGUAAAGGUUGUCGAUUACCCUUAAUGAAAGGAGAAGCUGAGUUGGCAGAGAAGUUAGCUGCGAUAACAAGACAGCUGAAAGGAUCGGGAGCAGAACUUUCUAGGAGGGUCCAAAGCCUCCUUACUGUGUCUCGUGUUCAAGCAAAUGCCUUUGGUGCUGGUGGUUCUAUCUAUCUUCCAGGAUCAACGAAAAUACAUGAACAGAGUCUCGCAGACAUGCAAGAGGUUUUACAACAGCAGACUGAGGCCGUUGCAAGGCUUGGCAGUGUGUUGAAGCGAGAUAUUAGGGACAUGCAGAUUAUAAUGGCUGAAGACACAGAGAUGACAGAAGAUGUGAGCUAAAAGUCUGGUUGUUUUUAAUUAAUCUUUUGAGGUGGUUUAAAAUUUGCAGUGAAUCCAACUAGGAAAUUAACUGCUACUUUAGAAAUUGUGUCUCCAACAACGUUGUUGAAGUGAUGACCGGAAAAGAUGGAUAAACCUUAGAGCAUAACAACUCCCAUUGUAUUCAAAAUGUAGAAGUCCCCAUUCUGUACUUGUAUUUUUUUAACUUAGAAAAGCAGACAUACUGGAGUAAGAGUCCCAAGAUAAUGAAUUUAGUACUGAAUUUUCGGCUUACUGAAAACUGUUUGCCGUAGCAAGGAGUAGACGAUGAGCUGUGAACAAUAAGAAGAUUAUGACAAUUUUGUGGGGUUUCA